AAGAUGAGUAAUAACAUGUUCAGAUUAAUCAUUAAUGUAAAAAGGAUCACCGGAGGUCUGGACGGAUUCCUAUGAGCCGCAUGCCCGACAGAUCGGCAAAAUUCUGAGGGAGAUAUGGAGAAACUGAAAUCCUUGGUUCCAGACAGCCUAAAGCGGAUGGUGGUAGAGAGCACACCUGAUAGUCUUCCACUAACAUGUUCUUCUCUCCUUAACUUCUUCUCUGAUAUGGAGCUCUUUCACCAAAUGGUUAGAGAUUUGACGGAUCCAGAAAGGGCUCUCUGUGGUAAGAAUAAGGAUGCGGCUUUGGAAUUGAAGCAGAAGGGUAAUCAGUGCUUCCUGAACGAAGAUUACGGUUCUGCUCUGACUUGCUAUUCUGAGGCACUACGACUAGCUCCCGUCGAUGUUGAUGACAUGGACAAGAAUCUGGUUGCAGCUUUAUAUGUGAAUCGGGCUUCUGUGCUGCAUAAACUAGACCUUUUGAUGGAGGGCCGGCGAGACUGCAAUCGAGCCCUUCAGAUUUCUCAAAGCUAUGCAAAGGCAUGGUAUAGGAGAGGUAAGAUGAAUGCUUCUCUGGGAAACUUUGAAGAUGCAGUCCAUGACUUGAAUAUAGCUAAGAAAUUGGAGUUAUCAUUCAGUGGACAGAGACAAAUAGAAAGUGAGCUCAGGAUAAUUACAGACAUGUUUGAGAGGACAGAAAGUUCACUUGUACAGCAUAAGGAGAAUGAGUUGGAUCUUUUAGAUGAGCCAGACCAAAUAAAACUGAAGUGUGUCAUCACACCAAAUAAAGGAAGAGGUAUGGUGGCACCAAGUGACAUCCCUCCAGCUUCCUUGGUUCAUGCUGAAGAACCUUAUGCCCUGUUGCAGAUAAUAUCAAAGCAUUGUCGAGAAACUCAUUGCCAUUACUGCUUGAAUGACCUACCACCAGAUAAGGUCUCAUGUACAUCAUGUUCUAUACCUCUGUACUGCUCGCAGAGGUGCCAAAUACGAGCAGGAGGACAAAUGCUCAGGAAUCAUCCAGUGAAACAUGGCAUUCAAGGAAAUAUAUCUCAUAAUCUUGACACAUAUAUUUCAGAGAUUACCCUGGGCAAUGAUUCUGAAUCAGAUGUUGACUUUCCUGAACAUAAGCAUGAAUGUCAAGGUGUACACUGGCCUGCAGUAUUUCCUUCUGAGAUAGCUUUGGCUGGAAGGGUGCUAAUAAAAUCUUUGGCAGCAAGAAGUCCAGUUGCUAAUUUCGUGGACAUGUUGAACCUUUCUCAUAAUUAUCCACAAAUUCAUCCAGAAAGCAAAUUGGAGUUACACAUAUACUCCAUUAUAUUGCUAUAUUGCCUUCAACAUUCUUCACGCACUGAACUUUUACUAAAUGGGGCUUCUAUAGCACAGAUUGUCAUACUUAUAUCUCAAAUUAGGGUGAAUUCUAUGACAAUUUUUCGUAUGAAAUCAGCUGAUGUUAAUGGUCCACUGCAUCAGUUCGGAAAAUUUUCACACAGUGAGGUUUCUUUAACUAGUAAUGUGGAGCAGGUCAAAGUAGGUCAAGCUAUUUAUAGAGUUGGCAGUUUGUUCAACCAUUCUUGCCAACCAAACAUUGGUGUGUAUUUCGUGUCACGUUCCCUUUUUAUACGAACAACUGAGUUUGUGGCGGUAGGGUGUCCCCUGGAAUUGUCAUAUGGUCCACAGGUUGGCCAGUGGGACUGUAAAGAUCGUCUAAAGUUUCUAAAAGAUGAGUACUCAUUUAGAUGUGAGUGCAGAGCUUGUGCAGAAGUGAAUCUCUCUGACCUUAUUCUCAAUGCUUUUCAUUGUGUCAGUCCAAAUUGUCCCGGCAUAGUGUUGGAUAGCUGUGUAGUCAACUGUGAAAAACAGAAAACUAGGCACGUCCAAAGUGCCACCGGAAUAAGCACCUUGGAGCCCUAUAUGCAGGUUGAUAUGUUAAAAUGCCUUCCAAGCAAUGGCUCCCUUCCUAUUGAUCCUGGAUAUUGUUUGAAGUGUGAUUCUUAUUGUGAUCUGGAAUCUUCAUUUGCUGCAGUGAAUAGAGCUUGGAUUUCCAUAACAAGGUUGAAGGAUACAAUGGUUUCAGGAGAAAUCUCAAGCACUGUCCUUACGGCUGCACUGAAUUCUCUUUGUCUGCUAAGAUCAACUUUGCAUGCAUAUAACAAGCGCAUUUCUGAAGUAGAGGACAUUCUAGCUGAGGCAUUUUGUUUGGUUGGAGAAUUACAACUGGCUGUGGACCAUUGUAAAACAUCAAUUGAGAUUUUGGAAAAGCUCUAUGGUCCGAAUCACAUUGUCAUUGGAUAUGAACUUGUGAAGCUUUCAUCUAUUCAGCUAUCCAUGGGGGAUCGUGGUGCUGUCAAGAACAUAAAUCGAGUCAGUGAAAUUUUUUCUCGUUAUUAUGGAUCUCAUGCAGACAUAAUGUUCCCAUAUCUGCAACCCUUACAGGGGAAACUCAGCAAGUUAGUUCAAUAAAGGUCUAAUCCUAUCGCUGACGUCGAGAGAAAUUCCAGAUGAAAAUAGAAUGGGCAUAAAAGAAUUUGAAGAUGACCAAUCGCUAAUUCAGGUUGCUGCUUUGAACAUGAAGGGAUCGAUUAUAACUUUUGCCUGAUGAAUUGCAUUUGAUAUGUUGAGAUUUUAUCCGAUCCAAUUAAUUCUGUAAAGAGUUGGCUAAAUACUGUAGUAUAGGUGUAAUAGUUAUGUAACAGCUAGGCACUGCUUGGACAUUUUUGAGUCUAAAGUUGUGUUUGCUUAUUCAUUUGAAGUUUCAAGUCUACUAUUAUUUAUUUAUUUUUUUAAAA